AUGUCCCGGUCCCUGUCCACUCGCUCGCGUUCGCAGCGAUCCUACGCUCCCAGUCCAGCUUCCGAAGCCGCGCAGCCAUUCUCGCCUUCGACACCGGCCCCCGUCACCACCUCCGUCCCGCCGCCGCUCUCGCGCCUGAGGCCACCAUCCCCGCCUCCCGACGCGUCCAACAACAUUCUCCUCUUCCUCAUCGCCUUCCGCCUCGUCAACGCCCUGACCGUCCGCACAUUCUUCCAGCCCGAUGAGUUCUUCCAAUCCCUGGAGCCCGCGUGGAAGAUCGCGUUUGGCGAGAGCCAGGGUCCCUGGAUCACCUGGGAAUGGAAGCAUCAGCUGAGAUCCUCGCUGCAUCCGCUUAUCUUCGCUGCAGUGUACACCGUCGCCGACCUCGUCGCACGAACCCUCGGAUUGUCCCCCGCAUUACGCGCCGAUUUGUUGAUUGCCGCUCCUGGAGUCACCCAAGCCGUCAUCGCUGCCGUCGGUGAUUACUACACAUGGAAACUCGCUCGGUACAUAUACGGAGAUAGGAGCUAUGAGAGUUGGGCAACGCUUGCGUUGACUGUUCUCAGCCCGUGGCAGUGGUUCUGCUCGACGAGGACUCUGUCCAACUGUCUCGAGACUACGAUUACGAUUGUCGCUCUGAACCUCUGGCCGUGGGAGUGGGCCACGGAGGCAGCCCGCGCACGACCUGCGAAUGUGAACAGAAUCCGGCUAUGCCUUCUCCUUGCGGCUUUCGCGUGCGUCCUGCGCCCGACCAAUAUUCUGAUCUGGAUUUAUCUGGCCGGCGUCGCCUUGCACCGGAGUACCUGGCCUGAGAAACAGACGCUCGCUCGUGAAGCAGCGCUUAGUGGGUCGGCAAUUCUCUCCUUGUCGCUUAUCGUCGACCGCUUCUUCUACGGAUUCUGGACGUUCCCACCUUUGCGAUUCCUGUACUUCAACAUUGCGCAGUCUCUCGCGGUCUUUUACGGCAAGAAUGACUUUCACUACUACAUCUCCCAGGGAUACCCUCUUCUGCUCACAACGGCGCUACCGUUCGCUCUGUUUGGACUAUACCGGACUUUGAAGGAUCGGCAGGCGGUUGCAGAGAGGGGCAUUGUGGUCCAGCUUGCCACGAUCUCCUUGGCUAUGCCCGGAGUGCUUUCUCUCAUCACACACAAGGAAGUCCGGUUCAUCUACCCUCUUCUCCCGGCACUGCACAUCCUGAGCGCAUCGCCUCUGGUUGAUUUCUUCCUUCCCGCAGUAGCAACGACGAACCGCCAGUACCUCCCCCGCCGACUGACACUCAUCUUCCUCAUCUUGGUCAAUGUCGUGAUCGCAGUCUACACAACCGUAUUCCACGCCUCGGGAGUGAUCUCCGUCCUUGGCUACCUGAGAGAGCAACACAGCCUCCACGGACUCGAAACCACAGCCAGCACCGGUGGCACAGACCGAACCUACGGCGGGAUAACAGCCGGCUUCCUCAUGCCCUGCCACAGCACACCCUGGCGCUCGCACCUCGUCGAACCCACCAUCCACGCAUGGGCGCUAUCGUGUGAACCGCCCGUCGGCCUGUCCGAAACCGAAAAGGCCGCCUACCGCGACGAGGCAGACCAGUUCUACGAUAACCCAAACCAGUUCCUCCGCGACCAUAUGGUCGGUGGUCUCCGGUAUAUCCCGCGCCGACCAUCCUACGUUACACCCCCAACGACACCGCGCCUUCCAACGCAGCCCUCCUCCCCGCACGAGUGGCCCGACUACCUCGUCUUCUUCGCGCAGCUCGAACCCACCCUUAAGAAACUCCUCCCGGGCGCCGCGUACGGCGAGUGCUGGCGGACGUUCAACACAGCCUGGCACGACGACUGGCGGCGGCACGGCGACGUGGUCGUCUGGUGUCUUGAUAGCGCAGAACAGGAGGCGUGGCGCGCGGAGAAGCACAGGCGCGAGGUCGAGGAGCGGGAUCGGCAGUUUGAAACUAUCGUGCAGGCGUUUCGGAAGGAUGCGACGAGCAAGCCGUCAAAGACUUGGUUCUCGUGGGGGUCGCCUUCGUCGGAGUGGUUGUGGCCGUGGCAGCAGAGGAAGCGGAUGACGCUGUUUGGGGUCGAGGUGCCGCAGUGGCCCGAGUGGGAUUGGCCGUGGCGGAAGAAGAGGAGCCUUGCUGGUUUUCUUGCUUUCCUUCGUGCUGAUCUUCCGUUUUAG